UCAGUUUAUGUUUAACCGUGGUCGAAUCUAGUAGUUUUUCUACAGUUGCGAGCCCCGUAGUGCCCGUUCGCCGUACAUUUUUCUGCCUUGUAAAAUUCUGUUCUCCACAAAAUUAAUCAUUCUCUCGAGUAGGGUCUGUUUUGCGGUUUAUUUCCUUUGAAAGUGCUCACACUCCUAUUCAAACGGAGUUGGCUGAAUUCGAAGUUCUUUAGUAAUCUGGAUGAUAAGCAAAUCGCGAGUGUUUUACAGCGCGGCACCAGUUCGAAAAGUGUGUUGCUUCGAUCCGAAAAAUCGUGUUUAUCCCAGCAAAAUUUCCGCCUACUUCGGCGCGACUUAAGCAGGUCCCCAACCUCUUCUGGGCGGUUGUGUUCCAUUCCAGUGCGGGAAGAAGAAGUUUAAACAAGGUUUCCAAUUUGCCUAUACGUUUACCACUCUAACGUCGUCGGUUUUUGUGCUUUAUUGGUGCUAAAUCGGCAAAAAUCGAGUUUUUUUUCUCGAGUGAGCUUUUGAGUGAGGAAUUUGCGCGAGGCUCCCGCUAAGAGUUGCAGUCGUCUUCAGACUUGCGGAGGAAAAAAAGAAAGAAAGCAACAUCCAAGCAGCCAGGGUGUUUUUUUGGUGAGAAAUUUCCAUCAAGCCGCAACGACGACGACUAUUGCUUGGCUUGCUGAGUUUCGUGCCAAACGUGUUUUGUGUGAGUGUGACACAAAUUCCGCGGAUCUGCUUCUCCAGUCAGCCACAGUGCGGGUUGAAGGAAGUAGGCAAGAGGAGGGGUGCAACUAAGCGGCUGAAAUUGCGGAAAAAGUGUGUGCCAAGCCAAAAGGCUUCAUCAACAACAACGAGAGAAAAAUAAAAACUUCAGGCGCGAGGGAUGUUCCGAGUGAUUCAGGGAAAUUGAUAAUUUGUUGCAAAUUAAGCCACGUGAAGAAGAAGAGUGUUUUUCUGAGGUCGGUGCCGGAAUAGAAAUCAAGAGUGUUUGGAAGUUCAGGGGGGCUGUGCCAUCACCGUCAUCACAACAACAAACCAGCCUAUAGAUCGAAGUAGGCAGACGUCGCGCAUCGGCGGCAGCACCAGCAAGCAAAAAAAAAGAUAACGAAAAUGGCUUCCAUGCGAGGCGGUGGUCGCGUGAAGCAACUGUCGGCGGAGGAACGAGCCGAAAUGAGGGAAAAAUUUGAAGAAAUCGACACAAACAAAGACGGCUUCAUCGAGCUGAAGGAACUGAAGGAUGCCCUCGACCAGGUCGGAUUCAAACUACCCGGCUACCAGGUCCGCCUGAUGAUCGACGAGUACAGCAACAAACAGCGCUCACAGCAUGUCGGCAAACUGUCCUACGAAGAGUUCGAAGCCCUUUGCAUGGAUCUCAAAGCGAAGGAUGUGGCCAGCACGUUCAAGACGGCCGUGUCCAAGAAGGAAAACCUGGAAACGCUCGGUGGCAUGUCGGACUCAUCGGCCGCCGGUACGACACAUUCGGUGCGCAUCGAAGAACAGUUGGCCUUCAGCGAUUGGAUCAACUCCAACCUGGGCUACGAUCAGGACCUGAAGCACCUACUGCCACUGGACCCCGAGGGCAAGCAGCUGUACGACAAGAUCAAGGACGGUAUCAUGCUGUGCAAGAUCAUCAACCACUCGUGCCCGGAUACGAUCGACGAACGAGCCAUCAACAAGAAGAACCUCACCGUGUACACAAAAUUCGAAAAUCUGACGCUGGCUCUGGUUUCAUCGCAGGCCAUCGGAUGCAACAUCGUCAACAUCGAUGCACACGAUCUGGCCAAGGGCAAACCGCAUCUUGUGCUGGGUCUGCUCUGGCAAAUCAUCCGCAUCGGUCUGUUCAGCCAUAUAACACUGGACAGCUGUCCGGGACUAGCAACACUGCUUGCCAAUGGCGAACGCCUGGAAGAUCUCAUGAAACUGUCCCCGGAAGCCAUUCUGCUGCGAUGGGUCAACCACCACUUGGAGCGAGCGGGAAUUGCUCGCCGUUGCACCAACUUCCAGAGUGACAUCUCCGAUUCGGAGGUUUACAGCUAUCUGCUGAAUCAAAUCGCCCCGAAGGACGCCGCCGUCACACUGGAAGCACUCAGGGAACCCAAUGCCUUAAACCGUGCCGAAGUGAUGCUGCAGCAGGCGGCCAAGCUGAACUGCCGCUCGUUCGUCACACCACAGGACGUCGUCAACGGUGUCUACAAACUGAACUUGGCCUUCGUUGCCAAUCUGUUCAACAACCACCCGGGUCUGGACCAACCGGACGAAAUCGAAGGCCUCGAAUCGAUCGAGGAAACUCGCGAAGAGAAAACUUACCGCAACUGGAUGAACUCGAUGGGCGUCAAGCCCCACGUCAACUGGCUCUACUCGGACCUGGCCGACGGGCUCAUCAUCUUCCAGCUGUUCGACAUCAUCCAGCCCGGUAUCGUCAAUUGGAAAAAGGUCCACGCGAAGUUCACGCCGCUACGCAAGUUCAUGGAGAAGCUGGAGAACUGCAACUACGCGGUGGAGUUGGGCAAACAGCUGAAAUUUUCGCUGGUCGGUAUCGCCGGGCAGGACUUGAGCGACGGAAAUGCCACCCUGACGCUUGCCCUCAUCUGGCAGCUGAUGCGAGCCUACACCCUCUCCAUCCUGUCCCGUCUGGCCAACACCGGCAAUCCGAUCAUCGAGAAGGAAAUCGUCCAGUGGGUGAACAGCAAGUUGAAGAACGCCGGCAAGAGCACCAGCCUGCGAAGCUUCCAGGAUUCAUCGAUUGCCGAUGGCAAAGUCGUCAUUGAUUUGAUCGAUUCCAUCAAACCGGGCAGCAUCAACUACGACAACGUCAAGGAGGGCGGAAAUGCCGAGGAAAACCUCGAGAACGCCAAGUACGCCGUCUCGAUGGCCCGUAAGAUUGGCGCCCGGGUGUACGCCCUGCCGGAGGACAUUGCCGAGGUGAAGCCGAAGAUGAUCAUGACCGUGUUCGCGUGCCUGAUGGCCAUGGACUACGUACCGAACAUGGACAGUGCCAAGAAUGGAACCACUGCCACACCGGUAGUAGUAGCGGCGGUGACGACGACGGCACCGGCUGUUCCGGAACCGGUCACCAAGGUGGAAGUGGUGGAACCGGUAGCGGUGGUUACCAAUGGUGGCGGAGACAGCAAUGGAGUUGUGACCACCAACGGAAACGGUGCAAUCGAGGACGAAACGGAAACGGUGCCCACGACGUCGACUGUCGAAGGCGAAGUGGACGAGUUUGCCGAUUAGAGGUAACCGGUCGGCAGGCGUAAUAUAGGGCGGUAGGUGAUUGCGGAUGCGCAAUAUUAGUCACAAUACAUGUGUAAAGGACGACGGGGCGUGGGAGGGGGUUCAUACCGACAUUGGGGCGCGGGAUUGUAGUUAGGAACAUAAGCUAUGUUGUUUUAGUUUUUAAAUGGAAUUUAUUUUCUAUACAUCAUUUAUUUUGUUAAUUUCCAAGGCGCUCUGUUGCCACUGUCAACAACUUGCCCGAAACGUUUUCUAUGCAAUAUUACUGAAAAAUGUUCAUAGAAAGAAGAGUACAUUGGUGACGGUGCUAACGGGAGUGUCCGUCGGGAGGUUCUGGCAACAGAUAUCAGCCAAAAAACAGUUGGCUGUAGUGUAAUAAGUACACCGAUCAAAAUUGCCAAUGAAACAAUGAAUUCAGCUUGUUAAAAACGGUUUCUUGAGAAGAAAACCUUUGUCGUAUAAGGAUUUGAGUUCUUCACAAUCUGUAAUGCCUUUAUCGGAACUUUAAUUUGCUAACUAUUGUGUAUUUAUGACUAUGAAAUCAUUAACUAUCUUAAUAAAUCACAUGUAUUAUAUUUUUAAUAAUGUUCAAACAAAAUUCUGCAAAAUAUUAACAUUAAAUUCUAUACCCUUUCGCCAUGGAGCAAACAUUUGUUACUUUUUCACAGUGUACUAAAAAAACAAAAUUAUUCUAGUAAGAUUUAAGUUUUGUCGUUUGCGCUUUGUAACGUAGUAUUUUUGCGUAUGUGCAUAUAUAAAUUAUUAGGCAAACAGCGUGCCAAAAUUAAGCUAAAUUUUUGUUCUCUAGCAGGAAUUGGAACUGGGUACAGAAAAGGCAUGAUUGAUAUGGUGUGGUCUUGUUUAUGUGAUCAAUGCGUGUUGGAUUUGUGUGAGUGUUGUGAUUCCUCCCUUUGAUCAUCCCACUCGGCUUUUCGUCACUUGUUAAUGAAUAUCAUCAAAUUAUUCAACUGAAACACACACUGAACACUAAGUAUAUGUAACUGAAUCAUAUAUCUCAGCUAAAAAAUGGAAUGUUCAUGCUUCCACCCCAGCAAUAAAAUCGUACUAAAAUUUCCCGAAACAUAUUUUUUCGAUUGAUGAGUAUACAUAAUAAUCUUAUAACAAAAUAACAUUACGCGUAUUUGCCGUAUCCAUCCGUUGCGAUGAUUGUUUUCCCUCUAUCGCUUUUUUUUCUGUUUUGUAAAUCAAAUUUAUCUUAUAUAGGUGUAACCUAUUUAGCUAGUAGGAUACCUUCGAAGUAAGAUUAGCUAAGCCACAAGCGAACAGAAAGACAACAUUUUAAAACACCACCUUAACGACAACGUAGCAAUUAGAUAUACAACCAACAAAGAAGCCGGUUUGUGCGAGUCAUACCAACUGCAACCAUAUUAAGAAACCAUUAACGAUUGUCAGUAACCGCAUUUUGGAAUUGAAGUUUUAUUGCAUUUUAUUAGGACGGACGGUGGCGGUCGGUCAGGCGGGGCCGGGUCAUGUCCGUUUCCGGACGCUGCAACUUUACCACGUGGCGGCGAGGAAACGACGUGCACCGGCGCAGUAGGUACAGAUAACUAUUAUAUACCAGCUAGUUUAUUGGCUAAACCCGUAACGUAUCGUAACGUAAACGUAACUUUAUCAAAUAGGUAAUCUACCGCAACAGGCUAAAAGUGAAUAAAAACAGUGAAAAAUCAAA